AGGGUUUCAUUAUCUCAUUUGUCACACACAUUUCUUCGCAUCUACAUUUGUAAAAGAGACUCUCUUCUUCGCAUAAAGAUGCAAGAACCCCAAACGAAGUUGUCUCUGAGUGUUACACCAGUCAAUGGAACUGUCCCACAGAAUCCCGCGAUUCCUCUUGGCUUGAUUGCUCCAUAUCAUCAACAAGCAAAAGACAUUAACCAUAUGUUACAGAACCAGAUGACAAGAGAAUUGUAUGGUCAACUAAGGAGUCUCGAGGAGAGAGCCGUCUUUUGUGUGAGAGUAAAAGACAAGAUCAUCGAAGAUAUGAAGAAACAAUGUGGAGAAAUGGAGAUUCGUACGAGAAAAGCGUUAGCAGAAGCCGAAUUUUGGAGGAAGAUGACGAAUCAGAAAACGGACUUGUGUAAAGACCUUGCCGGGAGGCUUCUGGAGAUGAAAAAGAAAGAAAAGGUGACGAGACGACUUGGGGAGAGGAAUAUGGCAGAGGAGGCUGAGUCGUCUACUGGUGAUAAUGGUGACGAUGUUGUAGACACUGCAAGAACCCGUCUAUGCAAACGUCGCCGUCUUUGAGUUUGUAACGUUUAAAGGCACGUGUGUGUGCGUGUGUGGUUAAGUGUUCCCCAUUUCCUAGACAUUGUUGGUAUCCGAGAUUGUAGAGGGGAGAGGGAAAAUCUUUGUAAACGAGGUAACAUUCGGAUAUAUUGAUACAUACGCUACAUUAUUUGCGAACAUGAAUAAUGCAAUAAGGCAUGUAACAUUUU